AUGAAAUACCGUAACGCAGUACAUUCAACUACGGAGCACAAUCUAGCAAAGCUAUACAACAGUCGAGUACUUCGAACCAAUCUUCUACACUUGGAGUCUGCGGAAGCCAUGUAUCAUCGUUGUAACGAUUUACGACCCUCCAGAGGCAUUGUACUGGACAAUAUGGGACAAAGAAGGGAUUACACCCCAGAACAAAUGUUGAAUACGGUACUAAAGAACCCAGAAGAUCUGAACGAUUACGCAACAAAGCCCGCCGUAAUUACCGAAAACCGGAGCUUCAUUCAAGCUGCGGCCUAUGUGGUGAUUGCUCAUAAACUAUGA